CCCUCUCUCUCCCCACCCUCCCCCUCCCCCCGGCCCCUGGCUCGGGGUAUAAUUGAAUAUCACAGCACUACUCGCUGGUUAUUUUUUUCCCUUCCUCCUCCUGUGUGUGUGUGGUGGUGUUUUUGGUUGGUUUUGUUGAUUUUUUUUUUUUUUAACCUCCCUGGUGUGUUGGUUUUUUUUUUUUUUUUUUUUUUUUUCCUCCUCCUCUUGGUGUGGACACCUCAGCUCAGAAAAAAAAUAAUAAUAUAUAUUACCGAUACCUAUACGUGUGUACACACACAGGGACACACACAGACGCGUACAUAUAUAAAUCUAUGGCUGUGUAAAAACAGGAGGAGAGACAAACAAGGGUGAAUUUCUUGUGCCUCCAUUCCCAGGGAAGGGGGGAGCAGCCGCUCCGCCGCCGUUUGUAAGGGGCUUUCUCGUCCUGGGCUUAUCCCUGUCAGAAACCCCGGUGCAAAUUGUGUGUUGCGUCUUCUAGACAAGCUUGAAUGGUUGAUGCAUCACCCUUCUGUAGCAAGAGGCACCUGAAAGGAAAACUUCUGCAUAUCAAUGCACUGCCAAUGGUGGUGUAAUACCAAGGGCUGUACUGCUGCCACAUCACAAUUUUGUGGGGUUUCAGAGAGUAGUUCUGGGUUGUGUCCUUUGUUGUGACCUCAUGGUUUAACUGGGAAUAAAGAUGAGUAUAAGCAGUGAUGAGGUUAACUUCCUGGUAUAUAGAUACUUGCAAGAGUCAGGCUUUUCCCAUUCAGCAUUUACCUUUGGUAUAGAGAGCCAUAUCAGCCAGUCUAAUAUAAAUGGUGCUCUGGUGCCACCAGCUGCUUUGAUUUCCAUCAUCCAGAAAGGUCUGCAGUAUGUAGAGGCAGAAGUCAGUAUUAAUGAGGAUGGUACCUUGUUUGAUGGUAGGCCGAUAGAGUCUCUCUCACUGAUAGAUGCAGUAAUGCCUGAUGUGGUACAGACAAGACAACAGGCCUACAGAGAUAAACUUGCACAACAGCAGGCAGCAGCUGCCGCAGCUGCAGCCACAACUAACCAACAGGGAUCAGCAAAAAAUGGAGAAAAUACUGCAAAUGGAGAAGAGAAUGGAGCACAUACUAUAGCAAAUAAUCACACAGAUAUGAUGGAAGUAGAUGGAGAUGUUGAAAUCCCUCCCAACAAGGCAGUGGUGCUGCGCGGCCAUGAAUCUGAAGUGUUCAUCUGUGCCUGGAAUCCCGUCAGUGACCUUUUGGCCUCAGGAUCUGGAGAUUCAACAGCACGGAUAUGGAACCUCAGCGAAAACAGCACGAGCGGCUCUACACAGCUGGUACUUCGACACUGUAUACGAGAAGGAGGGCAGGAUGUACCCAGCAACAAAGAUGUAACAUCACUGGAUUGGAAUAGUGAAGGUACACUUCUAGCAACUGGGUCUUACGAUGGCUUUGCAAGGAUAUGGACUAAAGAUGGUAAUCUUGCCAGCACCUUAGGGCAACAUAAAGGUCCUAUAUUUGCGUUAAAAUGGAACAAGAAAGGAAACUUCAUUUUAAGUGCAGGAGUGGACAAGACCACAAUUAUUUGGGAUGCCCACACUGGUGAAGCCAAGCAGCAGUUUCCUUUUCAUUCUGCACCAGCAUUAGAUGUUGACUGGCAGAGUAACAACACAUUUGCCUCUUGCAGUACAGACAUGUGUAUUCACGUUUGUAAACUAGGACAAGAUAGACCCAUCAAAACCUUCCAGGGUCAUACAAAUGAAGUAAAUGCAAUCAAAUGGGAUCCAACUGGUAAUCUUCUGGCUUCCUGCUCUGACGAUAUGACUCUAAAGAUCUGGAGUAUGAAACAAGACAGUUGUGUCCAUGAUUUACAAGCACACAACAAAGAAAUUUAUACUAUCAAAUGGAGUCCCACAGGACCAGGAACAAAUAACCCAAAUGCCAAUCUCAUGUUAGCAAGUGCAUCCUUCGAUUCUACUGUUAGGUUAUGGGAUGUAGACAGAGGAAUUUGUAUUCAUACUCUGACAAAACAUCAAGAACCUGUGUACAGUGUAGCUUUCAGUCCUGAUGGCAGGUACCUGGCCAGUGGCUCCUUUGAUAAAUGUGUACACAUCUGGAACACACAGACAGGUGCCCUAGUUCACAGUUAUCGGGGAACAGGAGGGAUUUUUGAGGUUUGCUGGAAUGCAGCAGGAGACAAAGUUGGAGCAAGUGCUUCAGAUGGUUCAGUUUGUGUAUUAGACCUACGGAAAUAGCGCUACUAGUUGGAAGCCAUGGACCGACUAUGAAUGUGUACAUAGCCAAAAUGACUGUCCCUGACCCAUGUACUGCUAUAGUCCCAAUUGAACCAUGGCCAGUCCACUACAGCCAAACAUAAAAGAAAUAUAUACAUAUACUGUAUAUAAAAAAAAAAAAAGGAAAAAAAAAAAAAAAAAAAGGAGAAAAAAAAAAUUACACCCUGAAGAGGAUGACAGAGUUUUGUCACAGCUUGUGAAUCCUGUUCACCAAGUGCUGGAAUCUGCUGUGCCCCAAAAUAACAUUUAAAGGGUUUGGAUAUGAAAACCAGAAGAGAGAGCGAGAGAGAGAAAGAGAGAGAGAGAGAGAAAUAUACCAUAUACAAGAGCAGACCCAUAUACAUACCAAAUUCAGAAGAUACUAAUGGCAGCCUUCAUUACCCCUUCCCCCAUUAAAUCCAUUGCGACAAUGGAUUGUGGGGUGUUUUUUGUUUUCCUUCUCAGUAGUUGAGCAGUUUGUGUGUACAGAGAAAAUGGACUUAACAGAAAUCUGCAGCAGUAGUUGUUUUUUUUCCUUUGCUUUUUAACCAUUGGGUUUUCUGUUUUGUUUUGGUUAAGUUUAUGGAUGCAUGAAGUAAGGGAGUGAAUUAGCUUCUUGUUUAUAAUUACUUUUAUUUUGUUUUUCACCUUGGGAAAAAGAGAGGAAAAAAAAAAAAA